AGCGUUUAUUUUCGAGCGCAGAGAGACGCGCCGGUCUUGUCAGCGUGGCCGAAGGGCGCUACAGCAGUAGCCAGUAAAUUCUACACGCUCAUCGCGGGUGUGCAAAUUUACACACCGGGUACAACAGUUGAGAAUGAGGGCUCUUUCCCACUCUCCUCCUCCAUCUCCGCUUCUGCGAGAGUGGCGAGGAGUCCAUCUCAAGGCUUCGAUAACUUCGAUUCGCAUAACAACCUUCUCCGUUUCUCCAGUUUUCUCCUCCGCCGAUUGUGCGUGCGACCAGCAAACAAUCCCCACACGCUCUUUCUCGUGCUACGUCCCGUCGGCGCGCGUUUUCCGAACUGGCUGAACGUGUUCGCUCUAUCUUUGGCCGGUGCGAACAACAUCGGCGCCGACUACGAAAGGAGGCGUGAGCUGCCAGAGCAUCCGAAGGUCCGUUUGACGGUGCGACAUCGCAGAACCCGAAACACGCGACAUCGGGAGCUUCUUGAUGAUAAACGCGCGCAACGGACGACCGAACCACGACUUCGGGAGUGGUGACUGCGGUGGCAACAACGACAACCCUUCCACCGGCAUGAUACUGUGCAUCUUCAACUGGCUCCUCUUCAGCGUCGAGCUCGCACGCUUGUUCGUCGGCUCGCGCUGGCGUCGGCCGAGUCUUCUCUACCGCACCCUCGUGCCCAAGUCGAGGAAGGACGUCUCGAACAGUGUAGUAGUCGUAACGGGAGCCGCUCGAGGUCUGGGACGCGAGAUAGCGUGCUCGUUCGCCAACCUGGGAGCCAAGGUUGUGCUACUCGACAUCGAUCAGGCACGCAACAAUGAACUGGCCAAGACAAUCCGGGCAUCGGGCGGGAAGGGAUUCUCGUUCACUUGCGACGUCACCGACGAGGACCAAGUGAAGAACACUGCGCAGAAGAUCGGCCGGCUCAUCGGAGAUGUGGACAUUCUGGUGAACAAUGCGGGCAUCGCUCAGGCCAUGCCCAUCCUUAACAUGAACCCAAACCAGGUCCGUCGCACCAUGGAAGUCAACACCCUGUCCCACUUCUGGAUGAUCCAGGAGUUCCUCCCCAAGAUGCUUGAGCGCAAGCAGGGACACAUCGUGGCGGUCUCUUCUCUCGCUGGGCUGGUGGGAGCAGCAAACUACACCGAAUAUUGCGCAUCGAAAUUUGCGGUGAUGGGCCUAAUGAUGUCGCUGGAGCGAGAGCUUUCGCAAACCGAGGCAGGACGAGCCAUCCGGCUGACCACCAUCUGCCCCGCCGUGCUGUCCCACGGUUUCUCCAACAUGGGACUGCCCUACCUGAGUGCAUGGUUCCCCCGAAUCUUUCCCCCGGUGGAUGCCAAGGUGGCGGCCCGUGCUGUUGUCAGCCGGGUGCUCCGAGACCAGGAGCUGAUCAUUCUGCCAGAGAGUUUCAACCUCAUCAUCAAGCUUUCCCUUAUUCUUCCCCACAGUGUGGGCAAGAUCGUGCAGGAGUACCUUGACUACAUGGUGAACCCCAUGACCGAUGGUGGCACAGUCUUUUGAUGAGCCUUGACCGCCUGUCGUCUCCCUCGCCUCUGGAGCUCGCACAUUUGAAGUUUAAGGGUCGACAAUGGCAGCGGAGAGAGGUAGAGUGCACACACAUAGAGCGUCACUUUGCGCGUGCUCUCCUUCUGUCGAUUGUCGUUGUCUCAUGCUUUACAUUUCUGACAUGCUAAACCAACACGCCCAGUCCACCAUUCUCACUUCAGGGCUCAGUCUUGAAGUCGCCAAGUCUCGACUCAGCUCGGCUGGGCCAGCUGCAACCUCACUCUACACACCGCCGUUCUCCACGUUCUCCGCUUGAAGGGCUUUACUUUGAGUCAUAGAAGGUACGGAAAUUUUGCAUUUGCUGGCUGUAGACCACUUCCAGAGCCAAUGUUCGCGAUUUUUCGCUGAAAACAAGUUUACUGUAGACACAUGUCUCAAUCGCAGGUGCAAACACCAACGAACGCAGCUAUGCCACUUGGUUUUGAGUUUUCGAACCUACAGACGAACCUUUGUUGCAGCUACUGGCAAUCCCUCCAGAACCUUAUCACUUCGGAGGGAUUGCUAGUAGUAGUACUACUCAGUUGAAAAAAUGUGGUGUGGCUGGCCUUGCUGGAAACUGAAGACAACAAGUAGACUCGCAUAGCAUGUGGGUUCAUAUGUUAACGUUUCACGUUUGAAUGUUAAAUGUUUUUACUUUCUUUACUCCGCAAACGAUUUUCCUCUUUGAAGCAUUUGUUUGUUUUUAGAGAUUAUGCCCAGAUCCAUCAUGUGUUGUUGGGCAACUGCAAGCAGAGGUGUGUUACUGACAAACUUCUGAUUUCUUGUACUAUAUGUGAUUUCUAGCACUUCAGGUGAAUUUUUUGACGGCUGCCUUGUCUCCUCAGCCUUCAGACGUCUCCAGUUAUGGUGUCCCAUUUUUAUUGUUUAAUUAAGAAGUGAUGCAUAUAAGGUAGUCAUAUAGGUAUUUCUCGUUGCCACAGCGUUAUGCAGCUGGCUUGAGGCACUAGCAUUGUUAUAAGGCAGCUCAGGAAACAGAGCACCAACAUGUAGCUCAGGAAAGCUUGCUCUGUAUGCAGGUCUCCAAGAAGUGCACAGAAGGUUCACAUGUAUUAUAUAUAGUUAUGUUACUUUAUAUGAAGCACUUAACAAAUCCAGUUGAUAAAUUUUAGUACCAUCAUCAUUUGUGGAUUGAGAGUUGUCCAUAUAUUAGUAUUAUUUUCACAUCUUGUUUUGCGUGGCAUAGGAACUGCCUUUGCCUCUUUGUCAGACUCAACUGCUCAGUCUAGCGGUUCUAGCUCAACUUCAGUGUUUGGCAUAGAGCAUUGCCUGUGGUAUUGUAAAUUGCGUUUCGUUCUGUAUCAUCACUCUGGGU